AUGAGACGGCGAUCGCGCUCCUUGUACGAACCGCUGCUCGAAUUCACCGACGUGCAGACCGAUAACGUGAGCGCCUUCUUCUCGAGUCUCCGCUUCCCCGGACCGCCCACGGGCGACGACGGCAGCGACGAUGGCGAUACCGGCGACGAUCUAUCUGACUGGUCGUCGCUACGCGUCGUCAGUGAAGCAACGUUUCGCGACAGCGCCGAGAACAUUUCGGCGAUCGAUUUCAACGUCUCCGAUUUCUACAAUCUAUCGUCGUCGGCGGCGGCGAAUCUGACGACGAAUGCGAGCGACGCCGACCUGCAGGAGAUCGACCUGCGCCAUCCCGUGCUCGGCGUGCUGCUGUUGUUCUUCUGCGUGGCGACAGUGUUCGGCAACAUGCUUAUCGUCGUGUCGGUGGCGCGCGAGCGAUAUCUGCGCAGCGUCACCAACUACUUCAUCAUGUCGCUCGCCAUCGCCGACCUCAACCAGGGAGCCAUCGUGAUGCCGUUCGCCGCCAUACACGAGAUGACGCGAAACAUAUGGUUGUUCGGACCCGACUGGUGCGACCUCUGGCACUCGUUCGACGUGCUCGGCAGCACGGCGUCCAUAUUGCAUCUGUGCGUCAUCUCGCUGGAUCGCUACUGGGCGAUCACGGAUCCGUUCGCCUACCCGAGCCGCAUGUCGACGGGCCGCUCGUUCGUGCUCAUCGCGCUCGUCUGGGUCUGCUCGGCUAGCAUCAGCUUUCCGGCGAUUGUCUGGUGGCGCCACGCGGCGCCGCCCGACGGCUACCCGACCGACCUGUGCCUGUUCACCGAGGACAAGGGCUACCUGCUCUUCUCGUCGCUCGUCUCCUUCUACAUCCCGCUGCUCAUCAUGCUGUUCGCCUACUUCAAGAUCUACCGGGCCGCCACCGAGCAGAUGCGCAGCCUCAAGUGCGGCACGAAGAAGAUGUCGGACGAGGGCACGGAGCUGACGCUGCGCAUACACCGCGGCGGGCCGCGUCACGCGCUCAAGUCACCGCAGCGCGGGGACGGCGCGCUGCCGGAGCCGGGAGCCGAGACGCGGCUUUGUCCGCCGACGCCGGCCGCCAACGGCAGCGGCAUGUCGUCGCGUCGCUUCAACUUCUCGAUCAGCAAGCGGCUGGCGAAGAUCGCCAAGGAGCAGAAGGCGGCGAAGACGCUCGGCAUCGUCAUGGGCGCCUUCGUCGUCUGCUGGCUCCCGUUCUUCCUCACCAACGUGCUGUCGGGCAUCUGCGCCGCCUGCAUCGUGCGGCCGGACAUCGUCUUUCCCGUCUUCACGUGGCUCGGCUACAUCAACUCGGCGAUCAACCCGGUCAUCUACGCGCUGUCGAGCCGCGACUUUCGGCGGGCCUUCUACAAGACGUGCUGCACGUGCUGUCCGAGCUGCGUCAGUAACUACUUCUAUCUGCGCUACCGGCGCCGGAUGGCCUACCAGAACAGCAUCUCGUAUUCGUACACGUACAGCUCGACGUCGUUCAACGCGUCGUUCCGCUUGUGA